UCAGGACAGCAGCCCGGGUGCCGUGUGGUUGGGACCCCCGUCAGACAGCCAGUGCUGGGGCCGGGGAUGGAUGGAUGGGAUGGGUUGGGGCCGGCGAGGAGCGGCGCGGUGGCGGUGAUGAUUGGCUAAUACGAAACAUAACUUCAAUCAAGUCAAACUCGAGCACAUAGACAGAGCAAAAGGAACGGUACAGAGCGCAGGAUGGACUUCUAGAUUUACAGACAGGUGGAUUGUGGCGAGUGGGUGGUUUGUGAAGUCGAGAGAUGGAUGGACAUCAGAAUGCCGUGCUUGUUAAAAUCAGUGAAGACAAACGUAUUUCAAAGUCUGAACUGCUAAUGCUUCUAAAGACCUACAACUGCUACCAAGAGGGCAAGAGUUUCCAGUUAAGACAUAGAGAGGAUGAUGCAGAGCUGAUCAUCGAGGGGCUGCUCAACAUUUCCUGGGGUCUCAGGAGACCGAUACGCCUCCAGAUGCAGGAUGAUAAUGAACGCAUACACUUCUCAGCAUCCAAACUCCUCCGACUGGAACAAGAGACCAACUCUCACAGGAAAGGAACCGUGUCACGGAUGUUGACAAAUACCUGUUUAUCGGAAGUUGACUGUGAGUCGACCGAUAGAGGUGAACUUCCACAAGACGUGGACACUCACGGCACCUCAGUGUCCACCUGCACCACUUGUGAUGAUGAAGUCCCCCAGCUGAUGCGAACAAUGAGUGAUGCCAGUUGUUUGAUUCAGCGCAGAAGCAAGAACCACACGGUGGGAGACAGCCAGCGCAUCAGACGUCAUCGCUUCUCCAUCAACGGUCACUUCUACAAUCACAAAACGUCAGUGUUCACCCCGGCGUACGGCUCCGUCACUAACGUGCGAGUGAGCAGCAACAUGAACACUGCGCAAGUCCUCACCCUGCUGCUCAACAAGUUCAUGGUGGAGAAUGUUCCAGAUGAAUUUGCACUCUACGUUGUCCAUGAAAGUGGAGAGAGAACAAAGCUAAAAGAUUCAGAAUACCCACUGAUAUCACGAAUCUUGCACGGGCCCUGUGAGAAAAUAGCCCGGAUAUUCUUGAUGGAGAAAGAUCUCGGGGAAGAGGUCACGUAUGAUGUGGCCCAGUACAUUAAGUUUGAAAUGCCGGUCCUCGACAGCUUUGUGGAGAAACUGAAGGAAGAGGAAGAGAGGGAAAUUAACAAACUUACAGUCAAGUACAGUGCACUGAGGUCCAUGAUACACCAGCAACUGGAAGAUAUCACAGAUGCAGAAGGCUACAUCUGAACAAACUCUAUGUUUUAACACUGGAACUAGUUUGCUGGAGUUCUCAACAAUAGACUUCACUGGAUAAAUGUUCAAUUUGUUUAAAAUGACUGUGCCCUUUUAAUGUAACUUUUGUCAAAAUGUGACCUCUUUGCUGUUGCAAUGAGAACCCCUUUUCUAGUAAAUGUUCUUUGAAUUAGCAUUUAAUAAUGCGUUACUCUUCAGAAAACUUUUAUACGUUUAUACUUUAAGCUUUACUUAAUUUACUAGAAAUAUUUUUUAAUGUAUUAAAUUGAUACUUGACCAAAGUAAAUGUUUAUGUGUGGAUUUAUAAAUCAAGAGGAAUGUAUUGUUGGAAUGUAAUCUGUUAAUAUGAGGCAGUCUUUUGUAAUCUGGAUAAGUUUCAAUAAGUCUGUACAUUUGAAGGAUAAAGUUUUGACACUUUGCCACCAAGUAACAGUAACAAUUAA